GACGGAGAAGUUUUCCCUUUUCACACAUAUGUUCGACUUCAACUUUAUUUGUCUCAGCUCCUAAACUACAUAAACUAUUCUAUGGAGACCCUUAAAAUGCUUUAGAGACACAGCAGCCUUUUUUGUCGUUACUGUCCUAACGUGAAAUUAUUUUGACGUGUGUGGCGCAGACGAAGGGUUAGCAUAACAUUGGUUUAGGUGCCACUUGCUGCAAGUCAAGCUACUUGCAUCGUUUUCUAUCGAACAAUCAGACGCGCUCACGCCGUUUCUUCGCGUCCACGUUAAGAUGGCAGCCUCCUGCGUGCAGCGGCCGGCUGCUCGCUGACUGUCAUGCUGAGAUUAGCUCGUUUUUUCAGGGCAGUGACGUUGACGAGAAGCGUCUGCGGCCUUUCCCCCGACGACAUGGCCAAGGGAAAGUUUUUCUACGCUGUGAGGAAAGGAUUCCACCCUGGUGUCUACAACUCCUGGGAUGAAUGUAAGGCCCAGGUGGACAAAUUCCCAUUGGCCUCCUUUAAGAAAUUUGCUUCAGAGAAGGACGCGUGGGCCUUCGUCCGAGGAUUGGAAGCGUCUGCGGCACCUCCGCUGCCCAAAGCAGCGGAACCCGAUGUGUAUUUGCUUCCCAAAAAAGGUCCUGAGCCUUUGGAGUACAUUCCACUAGGCAAAAAGAGAAGUCACGUGGAGGAGGAUGAGGAGCAGCAGCAACAGAAAGCUGUAGUGCCAUCCAAACGCGUCAAACUCAACCAGAGUUCGUCUUCGGACAACAAAGAUGGAUUCACGUACAUGGGUGAUGCCGUGGUGGUUUACACGGACGGAUGUUGCUCCAGUAACGGCAGACGUGGCGCUCGGGCUGGCAUCGGCGUCUACUGGGGUCCCCAGCAUCCUCUGAAUGUUGCUGAGCCACUGGAGGGGAGACAAACAAACCAGCGUGCAGAAAUCCAGGCGGCGUGCAUGGCGUUGCAACAAGCGAAAGAACAAAACAUCAAGAAGCUGCUGGUCUACACGGACAGCAAGUUCACCAUCAACGGCAUCACCAAAUGGGUGAAGAACUGGAAACUGAACGGUUGGCAGCUCAAGUCUGGCGGCAGCGUCACCAACAAGGAUGACUUUGAGAGGCUGGACCGUCUCAGCGCCGACCUGGAGGUGGUCUGGAUGCACAUCCCAGGCCACGCGGGCUACAGAGGCAACGAGGAGGCCGACAGGCUAUCCAGAGAAGGAGCGGCAAAGUCCAAGCAGGCCCUCCACUGACCCCCACCGGGACAACGUUUUGCUUUAUUGAGGUGUUCGUCACGUCAUCAUUUCCGUCGUCGUCUUGUUGUUAACUGAGGCCCCGGGGCCCUGCCCAGUAUAUUCUUGCUGAUUUUUUUUCUUCCUUUUCCAAUAAACUUGUUUUGGGCCUCA